UUACAAACUGGGGAAGUAGCUGCGGCAGAAGCCCCUAGGGUCAAGAAAAAGACGAAGAAAGUGGUGGCGACCCUGAGGGGUUCCAGGGAAGGUGCAGCAUCGGCGGCUUGCUGGGAACGAGGACUGUGUGGGCCUCUGGGGCAGACAGGCAGCUCAGGGUCCUGGGGCGAAAGCGUGGAUUCUAGGCGUCCGGAGAGGGCACCCAUAGGAGCGGCCUUGCAGAAGCCGAGCUCUAGCCAUCAUGACCACCCUCCAAGCUAGGAAGGACCCGGCCCCCCGGGGUGUAUCUCCCACCCCCAGCAAGAUCCCCGUUCGCUCUAGGAGACGCCCGCCGCUCCCUACCGACAAACCCUGCGCCCCAGACCAGGAGAACCAAGAUCCCAGGGAAAAGGUGCAUGGCUUAGCAGACCCCAGGCCUAAAGCCACGGGUCAAGCCAAGAAAUCAGAGAGAAUGGUGGGGAGCCCUCAACUCCGUAACCCCUUGGAAGAGCUCAGGUCCAGCCCUGGGGGUCAAAAUGUGGGGCUUAGGCCGCCUCCACCUCCCCAGACAGAGGCUCCAGGGACCAUAGAGUUUGUGGCUGACCCUGCAGCCCUAGCCACCAUCCUAUCAGGUGAGGGGGUGAAGAGCUGUCACUUGGGGCGACAGUCUAGCCUGGCACAGAGAGUACUGAUUCGAAGCGGCACCAUGCGGAGAGGCCAGGGUGUCCGGGCAUCUGCAUAUUUGCCCCCCAGGACCCCUAUCAACCGACUGGACCCAGCCAGGGCUUCCUGCUUCUCCAGGCUAGAGGGAUCAGGACCCCGAGGCAGGACCCUGUGCCCCGGGAGGUUAGAGGCACCGAUUCCAUCUUCAAGACCUUCCUUCCACCCGUCUACUCGCCCCAGUUUCCAGGAGCUAAGAAGAGAGACAAGUGGCAGCAGCCGGACUUCAGCGCACCAGGCCACAGGGUUGCAGGAGGAGACCCCGGUCCAUUGUGCCUCCUCUCUCCCUGGGAGAGAGCACAAAACCAUCCACUCAGGUGGAGGAGGAGGAGGCCUCUUUGGUCUGGCCCAGCGAGUACCGUUAAGAGAAACUGGAGGAGUGACUCACACCAGGGACAGUCGUGACUCCCAUCUAAUGCCCACUCCUGGCAGGGUGCUGCCACCUUCCAGCUCCCACCCGUCACCCUUUGGGCGGGCUCAGCGUAUACCCUCCCCAAGCCCCUGUACUCAGAAUUCAAAUUCAGCAUUGCAUCGUCUUGCCGUUCAUUCCAAAACCCAGUUCACACCUAUCACAUCUGCCCCCAGGGUUCAGCAGGCCCAGCAGUUGAGUGGCUUCUCUCCUCAAUCUUGCCUUGAAGAGCCUGCCUUGCCUUGGGAGCAGGUUACCGUCCGGUUAUUUGACCAGGAGACUUGCUUAAGGUCACAGGAGGGGCCCAGAAAACCACCUGUGGCAACCCCUUACGAGGCUCCUCCCAGUAAAAACCCCAACUGCCAGGAGCUGAAGAUGCAGCACAUCAUUGUCCUGCAGCAGCUUUUGCAACAGGAAGCAGAGAGGCUGGUGGCGGGUGCACCCCCUGCUGGAGGCUCCUCCUCUCUGGAUAUGCUGCAACUUCAGCCCCUACUAGCUGAGAUUUCUAGAACUCUGAAUGGCCCAGAGCAUAAUCCGGACACCUUUCACCUUUCUGGACUGUCACAACACUCUGGGCUGCCAAAGCCCUGCCUGCUUGAAGAGCACAGAGAACCACAGCCUGACCCUGGAGCAGAGCCCGAAAGACUACCACAGCCCGGUCCCAGAACAGAGUCUGAAAGACAAUCACAACUCAGCUCUAGAAGAGAGCCUGAGAGAUCACUACAGCUCAGCCCUGAAACAAAGUCUGAAAGACCACCAGAGCCUGGCUCUGGAAACAAGUCUGAAAGUCCACCAGAGCCUGGCCCUGGAAACAAGUCUGAAAGUCCCCCACAACCUGGCCCUGGAACCAAGUCUGAAAGUCCCCCACAACCUGGCCCUGGAACCAGGUCCGAGAGUCCACCACAGCCUGACCCUGAACCUGAACCCAAGUGUCCACCACAGCCUGACCCUAAAGCAGAGCCUGAGAGACUACCACAGCCCAGUCCUAGAACAGAGUCCAAGAGACAAGCACAACUCAGCUCUGAAACAGGGCCCAAGAGAUCACCACAGCCCAGCCUUGGAACAGAGCUUGAGGUAGCUCAGCCCUGUCCUCCAGCCGAAUUAAGACCUCCAGGGUCCUGGCACAGGGGAGAGCUUAGCCCCCCUCAGGCCUUCCCCCAGGAGCAAACUGGACUUCCAAAGCCCUUCUCUAGAGACGAGUCCAAGGCAGCACAGGCUUGCUCCCUGAAACCUAGGGAUUCUGAACCCACCCCACAGCCCCGCUGCACUCAGCGAACUCCAGUCACCAGCAACCUGAUGACCCAAAGGCUGCAAUGUGCCAGCCCCCAGCCCCAUUGGCUGCACUCUCUAAAGCCCGCAGCAGGCCUGGCAGGCCCCAGCAGUCGGCCCCCCCGAGCCCUAGCCCUGAGGCAGCGCCUCAAAGCCUGUCUGACUGCUAUCCACUCCUUCCACGAGGCCUGCCUGGAUAAUGAGUGUGCCUUCUAUACCAGCCGAGUGCCCCCCUCGGGACCUCCUCGCGCCUGCACCAACCCUGUGGCCACGCUACUGGACUGGCAGGAUGCGCUGUGUUUUGUUCCCAUAGGUUCUGUUGCCGUCCAAGGCUCUCCAUCAUGAAGCACCCACCUCCACCCACUCCUGCCCCUCCUUGCUCCUUCUUUUUAGCUUAUUUAUUGUUGCCCACUCCACAGAAAGUGGAGCGACGACACCCUUUUAUCCUUCAAUAAAGUAUCUAACGGGU